AUGGAUCUGAUGGAUGGAAUCUAUCAGAUCCUCAUUCGUGAACGGGACAUUCCGUACAAAGCAGUGAGCCUCCCCAGUAGUAUGCUCUGGGAGUGGCUAGUGAUGCCACAGGGGCUAAGUAACGCCCCUGCAACGUUCAACAGACGUGUUACGAAUCUGUUGCGAUCGGUGCGCGAUUUCGCACCGAGUUACUUCGACGAUGUCUUCGUCCAUAGCCGGGCCAUGGAUGGAAAGACGGACGUGGAGGUUCAUAGAAUACGCGUCCGAAAGGUUCUUGCAAUAAUGCGAGAGCAAAAUUUCUUCGCGAACCUCAAGGAGUGA